AUGGAAUACUUCAGUAGGCUACUGAAAGAACUGAAGGACAAGAAACAAUUCAGCUUCCACCCAAAGUGCAAAAAACUAGGCAUUACUCACUUGAGUUUUGCAGAUGACCUGUUAUUAUUUGCUAAGGGGGAUAAGCAGUCUGUGACAAUGCUGAAACAAUGCUUUGAGGUUUUCUCUGCAGCCUCAGGUCUCCAAGCUAAUCUAAGUAAAAGCUCAGUUUGCUUUGGUGGGGUAACAGACACAGAACAGGAAGACAUCUUGCAGCAGUUGGACUAUAUAAGAGGAAGAAUCCAACUUAUAAAAGCUGUACUGUUUGGUAUCCAAUCCUAUUGGUCCCAAAUGUUCUUGAUUCCAACCAAGGUGAUCAAAACUAUUGAAGCCUAUUGUAGGAGUUUUAUGUGGUUAGGGACAAAUGAAAUAACCAAACGAGCACUGAUCUCCUGGGAGAGAGUAUGCAGACCAAAGAGUGCUGGGGGCUUAAAUAUCAUAAACCUGAAACAAUGGAACAAAGCAGCUAUUCUCAAACUACAAUGGGACCUAGCUUCAAAAAAUGAUAGAUUGUGGAUCAAAUGGGUGCAUAUGUACUAUAUAAAAGGGCAGCCUAUAUUGAGUAUCAAGGAGCCAAAACAAGCUAGCUGGAUGGUUCAAAAAAUUCUGACUAUCAAAGGGCCAAAUCUUCAGAAUAGAAACCAAGGGAGCAAAGGCAGUAUCAUCAGGCAGAUAUACUUACAUCAACUGGGAAUAUUAGACAAGGUAGAGUGGAAAGCAGUCAUGUUCAACAACUUAGCUAGACCCAAAGCUAUAUUUUCUAUGUGGCUGAUCAUACAAGAAAGGAUGCUAACGGCUGACAGACUGAGCAAAUGGAACAUGAACGUGGAUACUACUUGUGUAUUCUGUAAAUGUCAACCAGAGCACCAUCAUCAUCUGUUCUAUAAUUGUUCUAUUGUCAUGGAACUAUGGUAUGACAUAUUCAAAUGGCUACAAAUUCCGGUUCCAGCUACUACAUGGAACCAGUUACUAUGUUGGUUCAUGGGGAAAGCAAAGAAGAAAACAACUGAAGGGCAACUGAUGAGAAUGGUUCUAGCUGAAACAGUGUAUAGCAUAUGGGUGGAAAGAAAUCAUAGAGUUUUUGAGAAGAUGUAUAGAGAUAGGCAAAGCAUUGUGAGAGAAAUUAUCUACAUUUGUAAUAUUAGAGCUGUAGGUAAACUCAAGGAUGUCCUACAAUACAAACACGAGAAGGGAACUCGUGUAUGUACUCGUGCUUGGAUUCGUGGAAAAAAGCAGCAAAGCAAAGGCGUGUUAUGUAAUGGCGAGAUCGCGUUGGAAAUUGCUCUCUUCUUCUUCAUCAAUUUCCUCUCUCUAGUAAUCUCACCGUUUCCUAACCCUAAACCACAGCCUCCGCCGCCUAUCGCCGCCGACGAAAUAACACCAACAGGUUCAAUUUCGAUAUUCCGUUUAUCGCAGUAA